CUCGUGUCGGUGUAUCUGUUAUUCUAUCAUACGACUGUCACUCGGUAAGAGUGAGUCGGUGAGUUUGUAGAACAGAACACAGCUUGUCAGUUUAGUUCGCAGAGGAACUUUGCUGGGUGCGAACGUACGGUGUUCAAUAUUGACCGUGGUCUGAGAUCAACGUGUUUGCCUAACAAUAGUCGGCUUUAUGGGGGAUUUUUCUCGCCUUUUACCAGUUAUUUAAAUUUUCAUUUUCUUAUUUUGUACUUGGAUUUGUUUUCUCGUACCACAAGACGCUCCGCCGAGAUACGCAACGAUCGCUGACACCAGGGGCACGCAAAUAUGCGCGCUUAUCAGGUGAGCCGCAUUUAUCAGGUGUUAUGGGCGAUUUCGAUAGUCUCGUCCACCUGGGCAGUUGGACCGAUCACGACCACCACCCAGCAGCCACCUCCGAUUCCGGAAAUCCUGACUACGGGGCUACCGGAAGUAAAUCAAAGACGGUCGGAGAUUCAGGGGUCGUCCCAUCAGAUAGAUCGACUAUGGGAAGAAAUCGGCGGCGUUAAAACGAUGAUGGCUACCAUAGCUGGUCAGCUGGACAAAUUCAACAAUCUCUACCUGGGAAAACUUGAGCACAGAAUGCUCACUACGUCGACUCUUCUCGCUAGCAUCGACAGCAAUAUUCACGGACUCCAAGAAAGAAGUCACGCGUGGGAUACUUUUCAAUUACACGUAGCCGCUUGGAACGAACAGAUAAAAAGUCUAGACAACAAGAUGGACCAUUUAUCGAGGGGUCAAGAAAAAAUGGUGGUGCUCGAUACCAAGGUAUCCCAAUUGAUGAACUUGGAAUACAAACUUGAGAGAAUUACUUCGCGGCUCGAGGAAACUUCUCAAAGAAUUCAACAGCUCGAGUCACCCAGGGAUCCUUUGAUGGGAGAAUUCGCCACCAGGGGCGUACUGUCGACGUUGAAAAUCGUCGAAAGGAAGGUCGACCGCGUUCAGACGGGUAUACAUUCCAUAGGCACGAAUUUGAAGUCGAGGAAAAAGAAGAACGAAACUGAGGAAGCUUCUGGAAAGCUGGUAAUCCGAUGCAACACACCACCCGCGGUGGAAGAAGCCCUCCAGGACGUCCAGGCCAAGGUCGAUCUCGUUUACGACAAACUCGUAUCGGAACCGGAGAGCAACGAGUUGCACGACCAGCCCGAUACCUCUGACCUUCCUCGUACCGAGGCGAAGCUUCUCAACAAGCUGUGGAAAAGAUUGUUAGCACCUCAACGAAAGAUGACGAAAUCAUUGGAGACCAUUGAGAGCCUGGUACGCGGUAUGAAUAACACCAAUUCGUGUCACAACGGCGAUUCCGACGACGAUCUGGACCACGAUAUUCAGGAGCUUUUGAGUUGCUGUCGCGCCAGCAGCCACAGGGUCAAUUCAUUCGCGGAGAAUGCGGAGACCAUCAUGAAACGCGUCGAAGGAGUUGUCAACCAGGUUCACGGAGAGACUUCCAGCGGUCAAAACGCGCUGGAGCGUCGUUUUUCCGAGCAAAAAAUUCACUUGGAACAUCUACUUGCGAAAAUCGGUUGCGUCCACCCCCAGGCGAACGGUGGAUCGCGACCAACGAACACAUUUCCGGUCGUUGACUACGACGGUUCCGGUGACACAACGGACGACGCGGGAAGCGGCGACGAUGAGGACGCCCCAGAAGGUAAUCCGAUUUUUGCAGGCAGUGCGGACGGCGAAGUCACGGUGAUACCCUUGGGGGGUGGAAUCUUAGGGCGUUCGAAGGACGAAGACGGUAGCGUUUCGAGCUCGACUGUUUCAACGACUACAUUUGCCGCGGUUUACCCGAUACCAAAAAAUCAUGCAUUCGAUAAUCUCCCGAACGUCACGACUUUGCGGCCACCAUCAACGACCGAUGUCGUGACGCUUUUGACACCGAGAUCCGUGGAAGAGAUAGUCGAGGUCGACGAACGGAACUGCGAGAGUCUCGAGAAGUCCGGAAGACCCUCGGGGGUCUUCAAGCUCGGGCAUACCAGGGACAUUAACGCAGCUGGUCGCGACUUCUACACGAGAAAUUGUGACCUACAAACUUCAGGGGGAGGGUGGACGAUCGUUCAACAAAGAGGUGGUGUGUGGGGUGGAGUUGAAAAUUUCACCAAGUCCUGGGAGGAAUACAGCCAAGGAUUUGGAAACCUUAAUAAAGAAUUUUGGUUCGGGAACGAAUACAUUCACAGAUUGACUUACGAGACCGACGUCGUCCUGAGAGUGGAGCUCGAAGAUUGGAACGGAGUGACGGCCUGGGCCGAAUACUCGACCUUCAGGGUUGACGCCGAGGGGGAUGAUUACAGGAUAUGGAUCAGCGGAUACGAGGGAAACGCGACGGACGCCUUUGGAGCCCAUGAUGGGACUCCGUUCUCCACGGUUGAUAGGGACAACGAUGGCGCUCCGCCGUGCUGCCCUUGCGCACCAGCGUACGGAGGAGGCUGGUGGUUCUACAGUUGCUUCGAGGCGAAUUUGAACGGUGACUACAUCCAAGAAAAUGGACCGCACGAACCCUUCCGAGGAGUAAUUUGGGAACACUGGCGCGGUGACUAUAGUCUGAAGACCAGUAGAAUGCUGGUAAGACCGCGAACCCUUGGUGAUAUUCUCGUAGAUCCACCAGAUCAGGUUUAUCCGGACCCAUGACUCCCGAUGGCUUCUGGCCUCGCGACGGGCACCGGUAACGUAUUGGCCCAUUUCAAUAUUCUGAUCGCUACGGGUCUCGUUUUCGGAUGGUUUUCCUGAUUCAUGAAAUCGGCGACUCGAGGGGGAUUCGAUAAAACCUUUAUGCACUCUCCGUCCUCCUACGUAAUCUGUCAUUUUUCGAGGCUCUUAACUAUCCGAUGCAAUUUUUUUUGGAGAUCAACGACACCGUGACAGAGAAAAUGAAGAAUUUAAUCGUCGUUAUUUCGGUAAGUUUUUUUUUUAUCACGAAAUUAAAAUCAGAGUAAGGACGUAAGUAGUCGAAGUUUAGAUUGUAAGUUCAUGAUAACGCGUAAAUGUAUAAAAUAUAAUUCACAACAACCGUACCUGAUGCCAGCUGCAUUUAAGUCCGUUUGCACCAAUUGGCGGUUAAAUUUUUGGAGACAAUUUUUUACAGUUAGAUUUAUAAAUAAAUUUAAAUUCUUUCACAUUUACCAAAAUAUUACUUUUAGUUAUUAUUCUGUAUGGAAUUGAAGCGUAACAAUAAACGACUAUCAUUUUGAUAUGUGUA